AUCCUCACCCAAUCCCAUUUAAACCCCAACCCCUCUCCUCGCUUAUCCACAGCAGAGGUCGAGAGAGAACUUGAGAGAAAAUCCAAGCAAUGGCGUGCUCAGCUCCUUCGAUGCUUGCUUCAAACCCGAAGGCAAUGGCGUUCUCAUCGAAACCCUCUAUGGCUUCUCCUCUCUGUUCCUUCUCUCAAACCCUAGCGGUCCCCAAGAGCUUCAGCGGAUUGAGCUGCGGAUCCAAAACCCGAUCUCUCCGAUUCGCGGCAGCUCCAGGAUCUUCUUCUAGAAGAAGUUUCGUCGUGAAUUCUAGUGAACUUCCGUUGGUGGGGAAUACGGCGCCGGAUUUUGAGGCGGAAGCUGUGUUUGAUCAGGAGUUCAUCAAGGUCAAGCUGUCUGAGUAUAUUGGGAAGAAGUAUGUAAUCCUGUUUUUCUAUCCAUUGGAUUUCACAUUUGUUUGCCCCACUGAGAUUACUGCUUUCAGUGAUCGCUAUGCAGAGUUUGAGAAGUUGAAUACAGAGGUUUUGGGUGUUUCGAUUGACAGUGUGUUUUCCCAUCUUGCCUGGGUUCAAACUGAUAGGAAGUCAGGCGGACUUGGAGAUCUGAACUAUCCUCUAAUCUCUGACGUGACAAAAUCCAUUUCUAAAUCAUAUGGAGUAUUGAUUCCUGACCAGGGGGUUGCCCUCCGAGGACUGUUCAUCAUUGACAAGGAAGGAGUUAUUCAGCACUCCACUAUUAACAACCUCGCGAUAGGUCGGAGUGUUGAUGAAACCAUGAGGACUCUCCAGGCUCUGCAGUAUGUGCAAGAAAACCCUGAUGAGGUGUGUCCUGCAGGAUGGAAGCCUGGGGAGAAGUCCAUGAAGCCUGAUCCCAAGCUCAGCAAAGAAUACUUUUCAGCUAUUUAGAGAGACUGUUGAUGUUUGAAGAGCCAAAAUAUGUUUUUGUUGUGAUUAGCCCUGUUCAAGUUUGUUGUGAUUUUGUUUCACUUUGACUGAAUAGAACCAUUGGAUUCAGAUAUCAUUUUAAGAUGGAUCAAUCUUGCUUGAGGACUUUUUUCAUCA